CCUGAUGAAACACCCAGCAGGAGUUCACAGCGUCAAGGCAGCUGCUGCAGCUCUCGAAGUCCCUCCUUGUCUUCCAUCAGGAGUGCCUCCAGAUCACCCACCAGAUUAAACUCCAAACACAAGACAGACGGUCAAAAGAUGUCUGACACCCCGCAGUCCCCGGCCCCCGAGAGUCCCACCACUUGGCACAACGGGGACCACACCCAGCGAAGCCGCAACGGCAAGGCCGGGAGACUCAACCACACCGAUGGCGAGAAAGGGAACGAUAAGUUCCACAUGCUGACUGCCAGCUCUGCAAGCGUCCAGUCAUCUCUGCUGAGAGAGCACAAGAUCCACAGCGCCCCUAUCAGGAACCAGAUGGGAAAGAUGUGUGUUGCAGAAGAUACUGGGAGUGUCGAUGGCAGGGGCACAGCUAUAGGGAGCUCUCUGAGCAAGGCGUCAGGGAGGAGAGGAGGCCAGAGAGGUCAGAAUAAGAGCUCCCACUCCCCUGCUCACAGCAGUGAUUCGACCCACUCCCAGCACAACCAUACUUACAGAGGGAGGAGCUCUCGUCACCACAGAAAGGGAAAAGGUGGCCACUCUUCCAAGAGACACCACCAAUCCAGUCGGGGUCAGGCACGCCACCGGAGCACAUCAGCGUCUCCAGGGCACACGUCAGCCAACAAAGUUGGGAGCAAGGCAAACCUCCGACAGCGCAGCAGCUCCUGGAGCAGCGGGCGUUCAUCCUCGCCUUCUGCUUCCAAAGACAGAGGACCCAGCAAGGCCAAGUCCCCGCACAAUAGGCAAAACGCCUCCAGGGACAGGGAGAGUGCCAACCGCUCUGACACCGACAGCCGAGCUCGCCGCCGUUCACGCAGCUACUCACCUAUCCGCAAAAGAAGAAGAGAUUCACCCAGCUUCAUGGAGGCUCGCAGGAUCACCAGUGCUCGGAAGCGGCCGAUCCCAUAUUACCGGCCCAGUCCUUCAUCUUCCAGCUACGACAGCAGCCCGUCACGAUCCAGCCGCAGCUACAGCAGCUACAGCCGCAGCAGAAGUCACAGCAGGAGCCACAGCAGGAGCCGGAGCCAGAGCUGGAGCCGCAGCCACAGCUGGAGUCGCAGCCAAAGCCGGAGCUGGAGUCGCAGCAGGAGCCGCUCCCGCAGCCACCACAGUUAUUACAGCCGCAGCAGCUAUGACAGCCCGGGGUUCUGAUGGCAACCAGCAGAACGAGAAUGAAAAAAGGAAAGAAAAAAAAAACAGGAACAAAAGAAGGAGAAGUGCUGUUAAACCUGCUGCACUCCGGUAGAUUCAUUACGUAUCCUUAGCAAGUCCUCAGCAGAAGCCGCACAGCUGUACAGACCGGGAUCCAAACUCCUUCACCAUGGACCAUUCUAUCUCUAACACAGAGCCUGGAUCAAAGAGAGGAAAAUGUAUUUUGAUAUAGCACAAUACCAUGAUAUUGGCAGUCACUGUUCAUGUCUUCUCACACAUUCAAGGAAAGGUUUUUUCUUUUUUACAUGUCUAAAAUGAAUUGGCUGAGCCCAAAGAACAAAUGUAUGUUAGCACUUUCCUUCUCAUCUUCCACACAGCUACCAAAAAUACAUUCAAUAACAGUUAACAACAAUUAUAAGUAUAUAUAUAUAUAGAGAUAUAUAUCAAAUAUAUCCUGAAAAGAGGGGCUGAGUAGAAGACGAAAAGAAGGCAGACACAUCGAAAUCACACAGCUUACUGUACAUUUCAGAGAAUCACUUUUUCUCUCAUCAGCCCCAAAGACUUCCGGUUCACACAGAUCAACAAAAAGAGAACAAAAGAGAAGUCAGUAUUUAUUCAAUCAGGAAAAGAAAUAAAAAUAACUUUUUUUUUGUUUUUUUAGGAGAAAACUGUAUUGCAUAGAUUUGUCUGUACAGAUGUAAACUCUCUUAAGUUUGGCUUUGUAAACUAUGCACUGUAUAUUCCAUAUAGUUUGAAUAGGUAUGUUCAGCAUGAUGCAUCAGGGGGCCUGAUGGAAAUGAGAUGUGCCAGCAGGGUGAAUCUGCCCUGCCCCUUCCCCCUGACCUUUGCAAACAGAGGUGAAUGAAACGGGGGGGGGCUGUAUGUGUUACAUACUUUUACUCUCUUCCCUGUUUAAGUAAUUACGUUUGUUAUGCUAAUCCUGUGCGAGACUGUGUGAGUGUGUGUAUGUGUGUGAGUUUGAACCUCCUUUGCAAAGAUCAAUGAGGUAAUGAUUUACAUGAGCUGCUGUAUGGUACCGUACUGCAAAAAGUCUCCAUGCACAUUUGUGAGUUGAUCUCAGCUAUUUAUGAAACUCGCUGUAUUUAUUCAUUUAUUUAUUAGGUUAUUUAUUGUUUAAUAUAUUUAUCAUUUUGCUGUGAAGCAGUUGGAUCAUGGUUUGGAGAUGGGUUUGCUGCAGAUGUGAGAAAAGUACUGUAAAGCUCCAAGUUAUGAUACAGAAUCGGUUUCUUGUUAUCAGAUCAACAAGCAGUGCACAGAUUCACUGCUAUGUGUUUAAGGAGCUCUGAUUUUUGAGUCGGUUGAACUGAGCAUUCACCCACAGUUACUCCCACGACUGCCAUUAUCGCGUCCCCAGCCGAUAUAAUGACUCAUGGUAACGCGGGGCUGCUGUGGCUCUGUCUGUGCCGAGGGAGGAAGAUGACUCGGCCUGAAGCAGCCUGAAGAAUCAAUUACUCUGCUCUACUGUACAUUUCCAGUCACUCCAUAUUUCAGUCCCUUGUAUAAUUGACCAUACAAUUCUAGCAGAGGUCUCCCCAGUUGCUGGCUACAAAAGAUAAUGAGCGAUGGCUUGGCAGGCACGGCAGCAGGCUGUGUCUGCACCUCCAUGAGGGUGGUUAACAAACAGGUGAUACAAUCAGGGAUCAGCCUAAGUCUUCCUUACCAUUCACCAGGUCUCAUGACAUGCAUUUCCAGUGUAACCACACUUAUCCCAGCUGUGAUGCUCUGCAGCCUGACCAUUUAUUCCAAGUAUAACAUCGCCCCUUUGAUUCUACAAAUCAUUCUUUGUAUUGUACAAGUUAUUAUACCUGACAAUAAACAGAAACAAAU